AUGCGUCCUCUACUCGCUCUCCAAGCAAUCUUCGCCACGAUCCAGAUCGUAAUGGCUCGAGCUGUUCCGAGCACAGACAAAGGUGAACUCGACCCCUUCAUGUGCACGUCUUUCGGAAAAGGCUGCCAGCUCAAACUGGACGUCAACACCGGCCUGUUCACCUGCACCUGCUCCACAAACCCCAAUCAUCUCCCCGACCUCGCACGAUUCUACACCGAAGCCAACUACAGCGGCAUCGAAUACCAAGCCUACGGCAACUACCAGACCUGCCAGAAUCUCCCCGACACCUGGGACAAGAAGACACAAUCCAUGAAGAGCAACCUCGAUCCUUCGGUCAUCUGCUGUGUCUUUACGGAUGUUGAUUGUGUCAAGGAGGGAAGACAUUGGACGCCGGUUGGUGAGAGUGUUCAAGACUUUCAGGGAUUCUAUGCGCUGGGAGUUAGGAGUUACAUGUGUAAUUUGUGGGUUGAUGAGACGUCGACUUGUGAUGGACUCUGA